CACAAAGGUAGGACAGUAGUCAGAAUUGCUUACAAACAACCCAGACUGACAGAGGGACACGAAGAGUUACAGAGGGUGAAAGGCAGUAUGUACCCAGAGGGGCUUCAUCAGCACUGUGAGAGGUGUUACAGCCUCCACUGCCAAGCCCCCGUGAACACCUCUGUCUCCUGUGUGGUCAUUAAGUGUCAUCUACAUUGUGGCGCUGCCUUCCAUAAGUGUAAGGAAGAGGAGCACCAGUUACUUUGUCCCAAUGAGAUGGUCCCCUGCCUCAACGUUGACUACGGCUGUCCCUUCACCAUGCUCCGCCACAGGCUAGCCAAGCACCUGGAGGUCUGUCCCGCUAGCACUGUCAUCUGCUCCCAGCAAUGGAUCCGCUUCCCAGUGGCAGACACACGCUCUUCCAUCCACAGGACCACCCUGACUGACCCUGAGAAGGAGCUGAACGUGUCCCUGGCCCUGAGAGACCAGGAGCUCCUCUUCAGAUGCCUCAAGAUGAAGACCGUCUUCCCUGAGCUGAUGGAGAAGGUGAAAGCAGAACCUGCUCAGAAAGAGAUAGAUGUAGGGGUCACCAGCUCUGCAGGUGAAGGUUGUAGUUCGUUAGACCCCAGUGAAGCAAUGGAGGAUGGAUUUAACAGUUAUGGAGAUGGGAUGGGGCAGGAGAAGGAACUGAGUCAGGAAGAGAGGGAGGCCUUGGCCAAGAACAUGGACGUGGCCACUCUCCAGAACUACAGCUCCCAUGAGGCCAAGUACAGAAAGGAGAUGAAGGGAUGCCAACAAACCGUCAAAAACAUGGAAAAGAAGUUGAAUCCCGGUGAUGGUGGUGAAGAGAAAGCAUUUAGCUUGUCAAAUGGUCAUAGAGAGCUGGAUGGGGAUGAAUCAUCCAAGGAGUGCCAGGAGAAUGGAGCCACUGCGCGUGCUGUAGACGUCACCAGGUCUGGCCUUGCACCGUGGCAGGACGGGGUCAUGGAGAGACUGCGUAGAGAGGUCACCACUGCAGACUACAACAUGUAUUUGGUCCACCAUGGAGCUAUGCUGAUCAACUUCGGUCAGCUUGCCGCCUGCACCCCAAGGGACAAGGACUUUGUUUAUGGAAAGCUGGAGCCCAUAGAGGUUCAAACUGUCAGAACGUUCAACGUUCCCACGAGCUACCGGCCGAAACGGAUUCACGUGCACGACCCUUGGUCACCGAUGGUCAACAAAAGUGUUGACACGUCAGAUCUAGGCGUGUCCGUAGAAGAUCUUCCGAAGUGUGAUGAAGUCAAUGCAACUUUGUUGUGCUUCUUGGAGAAAGAACUGAAGGGUCACAACAUCUCAGAAAGUGGAGGAGCAGACGGCUUCUAUGUACACAUUGGAACACAGACUUACAACAUCCCAUCUGCUCCGUUCAAACCUGAAGCCUCUCUGGCAGACAUCAUCACAGACACACACAAAGGCCUCUAUGUCCAGAUCCAAGCUGAGGACAUAACCAGAAGACACAACUUUACCAACUCUGCUUUUAGUUACCUCUGUGGCCACGUCUUCCGCCGCGAUGAAUACCACACUCACUUCAAGAAUGUGCACUUGGACAUCCAGUCCUGCCUGAACGGCUGGUUCGAGCAGCGCUGCCCUCUAGCGUACCUAGGCUGCAACUACAGCCAGAGGAGGUUCCAUCCUGCAGGUCAGAGAGCCACCGUCACCUACCACCAGGAUCUCAGUACCUUCAGCCUCAAACCAGAGGGCCCCUCAAUGCUGUCCGACUCUUUGAAGACCAUCAGCAUCACCUAUGUCAGGAAGCAUCCCCGUAAGCUGGACCCGUUGAGCAGACUUCCCUUUGAGAUCCUCCAUCACCUGGCAGGGUUCCUGGACAGCUUUAGCCUGUCUCAGCUGUCCCAGGUGUCCCAAUUGAUGAGGGAGGUGUGUGUCACACUGCUAGAGGAGAGGGGGAUGGUCUAUCUGAAAUGGGAGAAGAAGACCUACUCCCAUGGAGGGUCUUCAUGGAAAUGUAGAAAAAAGGUAUGGGAGUUUAGCAGUCUGUUUUCCAAGGUGGACAGGUGGUGCUUUAAUGAUGUCCCCUCCAUGUCUGAGCACCUGAAGGUCUGCCCUUUCUACCAGAGAGAGGAGCUCAAUCAGCCUGUAAAGCUAGCCAGCAUGGAGGGGGCCAGAGAGAGACCCCAGGGCCUACUGGACCUGUCCCAGGAGUAUGACCUGCCUCUAGCAGACCAAUGACAUUAUAAGGAGUGGGUGGUAGGUAACCCAGCAGCUAAGGAUUUGGACCUGUAGCCGAAAAGUCACCGAUUUGAAUCCUGGGCCGGGCACUCGAUUGAUCUGAGCACUGGCUUUAAAUCCUAACAACAAUUCUCUACUGUUGGGCCUUGGAGCAAGGCACUGCACUGCAGCUUGACCCUGUCCUCCUCUCAACUGUGUGCGUGUGAUGUAUGCUGGGAAAAUGAGCAGAAGACUAAGGUCCCUUAAUAAACCUCGUAGAAAUACGCUGUAAGAGCUUACAAUUAAUCACUGUUACUAAAUUUAUAAAUGUCAAUAAGCAAUUUCUACAAAGUAAUUAAUGCAUUUAUAAACACUAUUUUACAUGAUUUAUAAAUGAUUCAUAAACACUAUUUUACGUAAUUUAUUAAUUAUUAAUAAAUACUAUUUUACAUGAUUCAUAAUUAUUUAUAAACACCAUUUUACAUGAUUUAUGAAGUAUUUAU